AGGUGGUAGUGUGUGCUCCGAGCGAGGGGAACAGGAAGAAGCCCAAAGCCGGUUUUUUUCGACGCUCGACCAGGUUGUUGUUGUUUUGAGCUAUACGUUGUGCAUUUUUUUGACGUGCCUCUCAACAUCGGAUACAUCUGCAACUGCUUCGUCGAUGCCGUUGGAUUUACCGUUGGAUUAGCCGCGGAUUAUCUCAAAGUCCACGACUCGUACCUGGAGGUGUCGGACCACAAAGUGAAGUGAUUAGUAAGUGGUGGCCAGCUAGGCCUACAUCGGUGUCAUGUGAAACGUUGAACCGCGAAAGAACGGCCAUCAUGUCCUCGUGGGCAUUCUGGAACAAGAAAUGCGUGACGAUUACCGAGUACGAUCCUACCUACAAGGUGGUCUACCUGGGCAACGUGCUUACGCCCUGGGCCAAGGGCGAAGGUUGCGUCGAGAAACCUGUGACGACACUCUGGAAGAACUAUUGCUCCAACGUCAAACAAGACAUGAACAUGAAGGUAACGGUCUGUAACUCGGGUCUUAAGGCAGUCACCAAAGAGCACGGUCUAACGGAAUACUGGGCCAGCCGAAUAACCUUCUGCACAUACGUGGAUGCCUUUCCGAGACUGUUCUGUUGGGUGUACCGACACGAAGGGAAACGCAUGAAGCAAGAGCUCCGCUGUCACGCCGUGCUUUGUCAAAAGGAAGAGGUAGCGAGAUUGAUGGUGGUGCAGCUUAAUCAUAAACUGGUCGCUGCUUUGCAGGAGUUUAAGCGCGAAAAGCUGAGUCGUCAAAAGGCUCGUCUGUCCCUCGGCAACGACGCCAUGCCGAGGAGGAAAAUUCUGCUCAGUACUGGCAGCACAAACUUCCGGGCGCCACUGGAAAGAUCGCGGAGUGCGCCCAAGCUCAUGUCCAUCGAGGAGAAUCUCGAGGAGGUGGAAGACGAGGACGAUAUCCUGACGGGUUCCGAAUCCGAUGUCGUGACCGAUGCGGACUUGGACUCGCUGUCGGACCAUUAUGUGAGUGCGACAGAUUCGUUGGACUCCGUAGAUGACAUGCCGGACCCACAGCUCAGGCAGAAGACGCUCAAGUCCAUCGAUGAGACGGCGGACAAUAUCUCGGACGAAUCGGGAUACGCUGAGGAAAAGGUUUGAGCCUCGUAUGAAGGACAAUGGCUCCGACCGAUUCUAGUCCCAUUCGAUGCUAGCCUCAGGGAUAGCGGCAUUGUUCUUUUUGCGGGUCAUCCGUCUUGUAGAGUGCUGCUGAGAGCCAUUAAGACUCGCAGGUUACACUGGAUAUGGGAAUUGUAUAGGUUAUGCGCGCUCUCUCGCGCAGGAAAAGCCUGUUUCAGGCUCGUAUAUUUCGAACAGAGACUGUUCCUCUGCGAGCUUCUAUUCAAAAGAACAGUUUUUAUUCGAAAAAUCGUUUCAUGUACAUUUCCCCUCUGUCUAUCGUGGGCCUCUAAAAGGUACGACGACUUCUCAGUACUCCACCAGUUUGCUUUGUGACGCAUAUUUGGUGAGAAUAUUACCUACUGUUUUUCACACUCGCAUAGUGAACUUUAGUAGGAAGUAGCACUGUAGACCUAGGAAUUUGGCAGGAUUAGCUGUACCAAAAAGAAGCUUUCGAGCAUAUUCAUUGAUCAAUCAUCGCAUAUGUUUGACCAUCUACCAUAUUUCACUUACGACAUAAAAAGAGCGUGAAUGCUACGGUGAUACGUCAUCGUCGUUCGGUAUCUGUUGUUGUCUCACUACCAUACAGUUGCCCAGAUGCGAGUUUUUGCAAUCUUAGCAGACCAUACAGUUGCUACGUGAUCCGACGACGGGCUCUCAUUGGUCCGUAAUUUUUCUUCCCUGGAAUGGCCAAUUGAAAGUGACGGUGCUGUAAAGCUGUUUUCUGACCACACGUGUCAAAGUUUCGCAAAGCGCUCCUCGCUAUUGUACCCACUGUGUAUGUUGUGUAACCUUUCGUGUCAUGUUGCACAAGCCUUUACAGACGGCGACUAGAUACGCAAUAUGAGAGCCCCUUUGGUGAAACCUAUCCUUCUCGAUAUGCAAGUAAUAUAGGAUUAUAAACCUGGGCUUUCCACUUUCUAGAGUUUCCAUACGACAAACUUUUGGAGUUCGUUUCUAGCAGUUUAUUUUUCGAAACAAUUUGAGUUUUUGUGAAAGUCGAGGCGGUAAACCGGAGUUGACCGGUUAUCAGCCAGGAAUUACGCAAAAAGAAGCACUUUCCGACGCGAAUUAACAGAGAGAAAGAAAAGAAAAUGCGGGACAGUGUGUUUGCGUAGUAAAUUUAAAAAAAAAAAUAUGCGCUCAAAAUCUGCUACUAGUUUGUAAUAUUGGUGACGGUCAGGUUAAUUUUCUUUCUUACGAGGUCUAUCGCCUCGUCUAUCGGAGCCAAUUCAAAAAGUGGGUACCACGAUAAUUAGAUGCACGUCGACUUUCCACCAUUAUCAUCAUCUCUGCCAAGAGCCUGUACGGCGGCAUUUCUCACUCCAAAAACUUUCGGGAUAAAAGAAGGAAAUCACGAGCCUAGACGUACGUUGUGGGCGAACUGAUCGACAAAUCGCGAGUCAAGAAGGAAAAUUUUACGAUCCGUAUUCUUUGGGGAUCAUUCUCAUUGAACUUCAUUGUCGUAUCCGACGUGUAGAAGGGCGUUUUUACCAACCCCGUCCUCUUCUUGAAAGUAAUUUAUUGAAAUAGUCUCAUUCGUUAUUUCGCGACACUCGACGCUUCACUGUUGCAGACGGAACCCAUCUGGUCGUCCUGAUUAACGCACUCGAAACACAGCACACACGCAAUCGGUUCGGGAAAAAAGAAAAAAAAAUGAUUCCAGCUUGCUGUGAAUGAAUCGAUGACGGCAUGACGCUUUCAUGACUGUUGACAUUGCUCCGUUUUGAAAGUGCUUCUUUCAUGAGGCGUUUGGUUGUUAAAGGGUUACCGCUGCGAGCACCGACGAUAAUCAGAACAGCGCGCAGUAAAAUUUGUUUUACAGUGCUGGACCAAAGUUUAUGGAACACGCCCCGGCGCAUUCCUUCCUCAGACUGACACGCUGGCAGCGAAUGGCACCGUACGGAUAGGUAACCCAGUCCGUACGGUCCCACUCUGAGGAAGGAAUGUACCGGAGCGUGUACCGUAAACUUUUGUCCACCACACUGUACCGUAUUCCCCGUGGUGCGGCGAGCGCCCCCCCAAAACGAAACAUUUCGAAACUAUUUUGCGGAAAACACCGCAAACUGUAUCACUCUGCGAACGAGUUGUGGUGAAAACUGUAACGCUCAACAUUUAACUGCCUUUGCUCAUUGUUGUAUAGAUUGUCACAAAGUGUUUCUUUUGUCUGUCUGUGCACUAUUUGAGUGACAGUGACGGAGCAGCUAUGUCCGUUUCUUCGCCGGAAGAAUCACCUGUAUUGUAAAUAAGGUUUUUAGCGUGUACAUAGUAAUUGGAGUGGUUGCUCAGCGACAGGUGCCCGCCCCUUUAUACAGCGAGCACUGUCUGUGUUAUAAUGUUGCGAAAUAAAACUGCCUCACAUUUCGUAU